AUGGCGUCACGGAAGAAGGUUCUCCUCAAGGUGAUUAUCCUUGGAGACAGUGGUGUUGGCAAGACCAGCUUGAUGAACCAAUAUGUCAACAAGAAAUUCAGUGGAAGCUAUAAAGCAACGAUUGGAGCCGACUUUCUCACCAAGGAAGUCCUGGUGGACGACCGGCUCGUGACGAUGCAGAUAUGGGAUACCGCGGGCCAAGAGCGGUUCCAGUCACUCGGCGUUGCGUUCUAUCGCGGAGCGGAUUGCUGUGUUCUCGUCUACGACGUCAACAACUCCAAGAGCUUCGAGGCACUGGAUAGCUGGCGAGAUGAGUUUUUGAUUCAAGCAAGCCCGAGGGAUCCCGAGAGUUUCCCUUUUGUUGUCAUUGGCAACAAGAUCGAUGUGGAGGAGAGUAAGCGGAUGAUCUCGUCGAAACGAGCCAUGACGUUCUGCCAGUCCAAGGGCAACAUCCCCUACUUCGAGACCAGUGCCAAGGAGGCUGUGAAUGUGGAGCAGGCUUUUGAAGUCAUUGCCCGGAGUGCGCUCGCACAGGAAGAAGCGGAGGAGUUCAGCGGCGAGUUCAGCGACCCGAUCAACAUCCACCUGGACAAUGACCGCGACGGCUGUGCCUGUUAA